AUGAUUCGUCAAUUGUGUGUGAGGAUAUUGUGUAUGAUUCGUCAAUUGUGUGUGAAGAUAUUGUGUAUGAUUCGUCAAUUGUGUGUGAAGAUAUUGUGUAUGAUUCGUCAAUUGUGUGUGAAGAUAUUGUGUAUGAUUCGUCAAUUGUGUGUGAGGAUAUUGUGUAUGAUUCAUCAAUUGUGUAUCCUGUGUGCAUGCAACCAAACAGAAAAGUAA